AAUACUUUAAUACUUUACUGGAUUUAAACACAAUCCUGAAAAGCCAACGUGUAAAACACGGUGACACAUUCUCAGUGUCUGAGGUGUCGCGCGGCACAGGUGGGCGCAGGUGCUUCAUCAGGUGGGAGUCUGAUUGCCGCUCUUUCAGAGGGUCCGAGCGGCUGCUGAAUGAUGAGCGGGGUGAAGCUGUGGGCCGCCGCCGCCUCGCACGACGUAAUCAUCGGACAAGUGAAGAAGCCAUUCAAUCACGGCUCCGUCCUGACACUCCAGGAGCUCGAAUCAAACGCUCCUCAUCUCAUGACUCAAGGAUUCAAAAUACACUAGACAAGUGUUUCACCUGUCACUUCUGGAGUGGAGGUUUAAAAAAUCUUUUUAUUAUCAUCAACUCUUCUCCUGAAGUAUCGUGUUCCUCUGCGCCACACAAUCACUGUCAUCCCAAAUAUAACACACACACAUUCACUUUCCAUACAUGUAAAAUACUUUUAUAUAUGUUCAUGUACUCAUUUCACUUUGGGUAUUUCAUAUAUGUAAUAAACUUAUAUCUUCAUAUAUCCAGAGGACGUGUAUGUGUGACAUUAAUAUAUCAGCUUGUAGGUACAGGUGUACAGGUAGUUGUGGAGGUUUUUCAAAAUAAAAUAAAUAGUCAGUCUUUGUUGUUGUUUUAAAUAAAGUUGUAGAGUGUAAAAGUCGUGUGGAUCCUUUAUGUUUCACCUGCUUCCAUUUAUGGCAAAGAAAACUUUUCUCUCUGCUGACAUUGAAAAACGGAGGAAGAGGAGGCGUGAUGAAGAACACCUUGAUGCUGUGGUCCCUGCUGCUGGGAGGGGAGGUCAGCGUCAGUCUAGACAGGUGUUUCUGUGCGUGUCAGCCCACCCACCUUUUCUCUCUAUCACCAUAGCAACUUAUAAAAACCCCCUCUGGGUCCAUGUAGGGCAGAAGAAGUGGCAGUGUUGUAGAAAGGCACCCUGGGAAAUGUAGGAAACGGAGGGGAAUGAAACCUGUCACAGGACAUCUCUGAGACUUUUUGAGACGCAGGUUUCCCGUUGACUUGAGUCCUGUGUUGACGCUCCUGUCUCCGUCUCUGCAGCUGGUAAACUGGGCCAGUCAGCACAUGAUCAGGAUGAGAAGAUGGCUGGCUGUGUGUUUCCAAUGGGACCAGAGAGCUUUCAGCGCUUCACGCCGGACUCCCUGGCGGCCAUCGAGCAGCGCAUCGCCCAGGAGGAGGCCCGACGCAAAAAACACUACCAGGAGGACCUGGGCGACGUGGAGCUCCCCAAGCCCCGGCCCGACUUGGAGGCAGGAAAACAGCUGCCGCGCAUCUUCGCCGACAUCCCAUCUCAUCUGGUGGGCGUUCCCCUGGAAGACAUCGACCCAUACUACUUCAAAGACCAGAGGACCUUCAUAGUCCUGAACAAAGGGAAGGCCAUCUUCCGUUUCAGUGCCACAUCAGCUCUCUACAUCUUCAGCCCUUUCCACCCCGUCCGCAGAAUCGCCAUCAAGAUCCUGGUUCACUCAUAUCCUUCCACAGCCGCUUCGCCGCCGCCGCCGCCGCUGCACGUGCUCUGCAUGACGCCUCAUGAUCUGCAGGGAAGAGGCCGCGGGGAGGUCAGAGCGAAGUGA